UUUAUUCAUAUUAAACUCUGUUGGCACUACGGGAACUUAAUGAAUUUAGUCGAAAGCGAAACGUUACACGCGAAACGUGUUAAAUAAGGUUAAGCUUCUCGAUUGUUUUAAAAUUAAAAGAACAUAACUCAACAUGGCAAAAGUAAUUGCACAAAUGACAAAAUAUACAGUGAGAACAUUUCCACGUACAUCGAGAGAAAGCUUAUUUUCUCUUUCUGCUUCAAAAACAUCAUUAAAUUUUUCACGUUCCAUCUCUGGUACUCGUUGCUUAAAUGCCGAAAGAUUAUACACAGAAAAACAUGAAUGGAUAACAGUUGAUGGUAACAUAGGGAUAGUUGGAAUAUCCAAUCAUGCACAAGAAGCAUUAGGUGAUAUUGUUUAUGCUCAGCUUCCAGAUGUUGGAUCUUUAAUAGAAAAAGAAGUUGAAUGUGGAGCAUUAGAAUCUGUGAAAGCUGCUUCCGAAUUAUAUAGCCCUGUCAGUGGAAAGAUAAUAGAAAAAAAUGAUACACUUGAAAAAACACCCAAUAUAAUUAAUACUUCCUGUUAUGAAAAAGGAUGGUUAUUUAAAAUAGAAUUAAGUAAUCCUGAUGACUUAAAAGGUCUAAUGAAUGAGGAAGCAUAUAAUUUAUAUUUGAAGUCUGAUCAAUCAUAA